AUGGCAGAUCGCAACGUUACUCCCGACCCCUGCCUGCUCCAACAAAUCUUCAAGGACAGUCAACCAAAAAACAUCUCGAUGUUUGUUCAAACUUGGGACAAAUGUGUUUUCAAAGCUGAAUUCUCUAAAGAUGAGAGCGUGCACCCUUCAUGUGUAGUUCGAAUCGAAGCUGAGAACAAAAAUCUGACAACCUUUGCAACAACUGCAGCUAUGCAACAGAUUGCUAGAAUCAUCAUUCCACAUCUCGUACCACAAACCCUCCAAAUCGGCAAGGCAACUAACGAGCAAAAAAAGUUGUUCAACUUUUCAGUGUCUGAACUUGUAGACGGACCUACAUUAGCAGAUGUAUGGCAUGAUUUAGACGACAUUGAACGGAACUUGAUUAUAAAUGACCUUACCGAUGCACUCAUCAGAUUAAAUGCGUUACAGUUAAAUGACGGACCUAUCAAAGCUAUACUAUUGAAUUCACUUGGGGGUGGAGAGGAAGAAGAAAUAUGGAAAGGUCUCGCGCGAGGCGAUGUUUUUGGGGGUCUUCAUACCGGGGUUUUGAAUGAAGGUCCUGCUCUGUUGACCUCGAUCAUGGAGAACUUGAAGCUCAAAAAAACAUUCUGCACCAUGGAGACUCUUCCCAACUCGCAAGAUGUCAAGAUUCAAUCUAAUUUCGACGAGCUUGGAUCUUUGAUUGUCCGCAAGUCCGACAUGGAUCAAUGGCUCAGAGAGGCUGUCUUUUGCCAUAAUGACCUAACACCUCGAAACUUGAUUCUUAAGAAGUGGGACUUGCCAGGCGGCAAGAAAAAGUACAAGUUAGCUGGGAUCAUUGAUUGGGAGUCUGCAGGAUUUUAUCCGCCAUCUUACGAACUCAGUCUGCAAGACACAUACCUGGGAAGAGAUCGACAUGCGUCAUUCUACCUGAUGUUGAAAGCAAAUAUGAAAGAACUUGCCCCACGAACUUCUUCACAAAUUGCGCUAUUAAAAGCGAUGGAACUCAUGUAUGAAUCUCAACAACGAAGAUUGGUAAAUGGAACCAACGUACCGGCUCACCUUCGUCAAAGAUUCCUAGAAUGCCUAGGGUUGACACGCGAUGAUGAUCCUUAUGCUGGUUGGACACCGGAGCGCAAAGAGGGGAAGAUUGUUGACUUCUCAAGCACUGCGAUGCAACGACUGAAGGAUGAUAUUGUUCAGGAAAUGGAGGAGAGAAGAAAAUCGAAAGCCAAGUAA